AUGAUAAAUUCAAAUUUUAAAGCUACUAUUAUUAAAAAUUUAUCGAAAACCUUUGAAUCAAGCUCAAUUUACAGUAAAAAUAAGUUAAUUUACAAAAUGAAUUAUCAUCCGCCAGUUAAGCGUGAUAUGAAGAUUUUAGAUAGAUCUUUUUUUGUAACAAAAUUGCCUCUAUGUGUAAUUAAAUUUCCAGAUCCAAAAAACAUUAGCUUGUUUUCGAAAAAUUUUAAACAAUUUAUCUUAAGAGUUCCUCGUAUUCCCCAUGUCAUUAAAUUAUCAUCACCAAAAUCAGAAGAAGAAUCUAAAAGUGCAGCGGCUUGUGAUAAUAGCAUAGUUUCAAAGGGGGUUCUAUUGACUGAUUCAAUUAAUUCUUUAAAUGAUGUUCCAAAAAUUUUAUCACCAGACGCUCAACAAUUUUUAAAAGAUACCAAUGCUGAACUAAUGCCAUAUGAAUAUAUAUUAGAUUAUGAUUUUUGGAAAGCAGAAGAAAUCUUAAGGGCUGUCUUACCUGAGGAAUUUCUUGAUGAAAUACCAACUGGUUUUACAAUCACUGGUCAUAUAGCUCAUUUAAAUUUAAGAAAAGAAUUUAAACCAUAUGAUAGCUUAAUUGGUCAAGUUAUUUUAGAUAAAAAUAAUAAAAUUGAUUGUGUAGUAGAUAAGGUGAGUUCAAUUGCCACCAAAUUUAGAACUUUCCCCAUGAAAGUGAUUGCUGGUAAAGCUGAUAAUUUAAUUGUUGAGCAAAAAGAGUCUAACUGUACGUUCCGUUUCGAUUUUAGUAAAGUUUAUUGGAAUUCUAGAUUACAUACCGAGCAUGACAGAUUGGUUACACAAUAUUUUAAACCAAAUGAAGUUGUAUGUGAUGUAUUUGGAGGUGUGGGGCCAUUUGCUGUUCCUGCAGGUAAAAAGGAGGUUAUAGUUUUGGCAAAUGACUUAAAUCCAGAAAGUUUUAAAUAUUUGAAGGAGAAUAUUAUUUUAAAUAAAGUUACAGAAAAUGUUAAACCAUUUAAUUAUGACGGUGCAGAAUUUAUUAAAAAAUCGCCAAUGCUGUUAAAGGAAUGGAUCGAACAACAGCCAGAUGGUAUUAUUAAAUUACCAAUUAAACAUCGUAAGAAGAAGAGAAGAAUUAAUGAUGAUACCAAAUCAAUUCUACAGGAAAAAAGAGAGAUUGAGACUAAAAAUAUAACAAUACCUUUCGAAAUUAAUCAUUUUGUUAUGAAUUUACCCGAUAGUGCUAUUGAUUUCUUAGGCGAAUUUAAUCACUUGUAUAAUGGAUUCGAAAUUCCCAAAAAUCUACCUUAUAUUCAUGUUCAUUGUUUUGAAAAGUAUGAUAAUGAUGAAACGCCUACUAUGGAAGAAUUAUAUGAAAGAGUUCACAAAAGAAUUCUUCGAUCUAUGAAUACCACAACUGAAAUUUUGCCUUUAGCAUCAUGUUCCUUCCAUCUAGUACGUAAAGUAUCUCCAACAAAGCCAAUGUUCUGUGUAAGUUUCAAACUUCCAAGAGAGCUUGCCGAAUAG